GCGGAUUCGAAGGCUUCGAGGGCGGCAUGCCUGGCGGGUUCGCCUUUGGCGGGAUGCCCGGCGGCGGGGGAACCCGCACAUUCCAUUUCUCGACUGGUCCUGGCGGCGGCGGCGGGUUCCGCUUCAGCUCGGCGGAUGAUAUUUUCCGGAACUUUGCGAAGGCGAGUGGCGGUGGAAUGGGCGGUGGAAUGGAAGAUGAUGAUCUGUUCAAUAUCCUCAGCGGGGGGCUAGGUGGUGGUCGUGGGUUCAGGGCGAGCCGCGGCGCUGGUGGUGCUGGUGCCGGUGCGGGCGGUGCGGGAGCGGGAGGAUUCCAGCAGGCGCACCGGGCGCCAACGCCCGAGCCGACGGUCGUGGAGAAGGAGCUACCGCUGACGUUAGAGGAGAUUUUCAAGGGGACGACGAAGAAGGUGACGGUGAAGAGCAAGACGUUCGAUGCGAGCGGGAAGCGGACCGUCCAGGACGUGACGCUGGAGGCCAAUAUCAAGCCCGGUCUGCGGACGGGCUCGAAGAUCAAGUACCGCGGUGUCGGGGACCAGGAAGAGGGUGGACGCCAGGAUGUCCAUCUCAUUGUGACAGAGAAACCACACCCCAACUUCAAACGCCAGGGCGACAACCUCAUCACAACCGUCGAUCUCUCUCUCAAGGAUGCCCUGACAGGCUGGGAACGCAUCGUGCGCACCAUCGACGGCAAAUCCAUCCGUGUCUCCAAGCCCGGUCCCACACAACCCGGCCACGAAGAGAAGUUCCCGGGCCUGGGCAUGACGAUAUCAAAGAAACCGAGCGAGCGGGGCGAUCUCAUCGUCCGGGUGAACGUCAAGUUCCCGGCCACUCUGACGGCCUCGCAGAAGGAUAUCCUCAAGGAUGUUUUGCCAUGA